UACGAACCAGAGGGAAUGGGUUUGUUGUGGUUAUAUUCCAGCCCGCCCACGAUGAUGAUCGGAGAAAGAAAACUUCCGAAUCCGACAGUCCAUGUCCCGCCGUGGGUUGUCGCCGACGAUCUGACCGUUGACGCCUCGUUCCCCUUCCCUGUGGCAGCCGUUUCCGUCGGCCAGAGCCAGAACAUCAAUGCUGAAGAGUACUCUCCGCUCGACGUCCUCGCGGCGCUGCACCGUUUUCUGCCGUCCAACGACCUCGACCUGGACUCGGAUGAGUCGGAUCUUCCGCUGGACGUGUACUCGUGCGAUAACUUCAGAAUGUUCGAGUUUAAGGUCCGGAAAUGCACGCGCGGCAGGUCGCACGACUGGACGGAGUGUCCGUUCGCUCAUCCCGGCGAAAAGGCUCGCCGGCGAGACCCGAGGAAGUUCCAUUAUUCCGGCACGGCUUGUCCGGACUUUAGGAAAGGGAAUUGUAAGAAAGGCGACGCGUGCGAGUUCGCUCACGGCGUGUUCGAGUGUUGGCUCCAUCCGGCUCGGUAUCGUACUCAGCCGUGCAAGGAUGGGCCCAACUGCCGCCGGAGAGUUUGUUUUUUCGCCCACUCGCCGGACCAGCUCCGGGUUUUGAGCCCAAGAACCCCGGGUUCGGGCUCGGCGGAGUCGUACGACGGGUCGCCCCGCAGGCUAGCGUUAGAAUGUUCCAAAGCGUUAGUUUUCAUGUCCUCGCCGGAGUCGGUAUCCCCGACGUCCGAGUCGCCGCCGAUGUCGCCGAUGACGAACUCGCUCAGUCGUUCGCUGGGUCAGAACUCGCUCAACGAAGUGGUGGCUUCCAUGCGGCAGUUGCAGCUGAGCAAGGUGAACUCGAUGCCCCCUUCUUGGGGCGUACAGAUGUGCCCUCCUGGAUUCGGGUCUUCAAGGCUGUCUAUCGCCCAAGCCGGUUUCAACAGCUUGCCGUCUACUCCAACCGCGGGCGUGACCCGGCCUGGAAUGGGAUCUGUCGACAUCUGGGACAAAGGAGGGUGCGAGGAGGAGCCGGUGAUGGAGAGGGUCGAAUCGGGCCGAGAUCUUCGGGCGAAGAUGUUCGAGAAACUGAGCAGGGAGAAUCCGUUGGAUCGGGUUGAGCCAUCUCCAGGUCCGGAUGUGGGGUGGGUGUCGGAGCUGGUAAAGUGAAGUGGCUCUGGUGGGGGUUGAUGAAGAAGAUGAUGACCAUUGGUUUAUGAUUCUCUUUUGGCUUUGGAUUGAUGUGAAUAUGAAGAUGAAAUCGGACGAGAGGGGGGGGGGGGGGGAAGAUGAUGCAAUAUGAUCUUGGAAGCAACUUUUAACAUUUUAAAAAAGAUUCAUGUACAGACAUAUAUAUAUAUAUA